AUGGCCUUUGUGCCUUCAGUCUUCAAACGGAAUCAGUUCGGAACGGAGUGACUCGUCUGCAGUAGCGGCAACAACGACAACAACGGAAGUGCUGUUUGGUGGCAGGGCGCGAAAAUCGUAGUUCAUUAGUUUGAUUGAAAUUUAAAACCGUGUUUGUUCAGGGGUGAACGAGGGGAGGUGAUUGCGCAGUGAUAAUUAUAGAGAGAAAGAUAUAGUAUUAUUAACAGAGGAAAUUAUGACGGUUUAAGAGUUGUGUUUAAAAUGUGAUAAAGUGCGUUGAUUCGGGUGAGCAGAUAACAGGAACAGUAAGUUCUCCACUGAAUUGGUUUUAAAAAGAUACAGCGGACGGCACAUUUCCGAUUUGCCGGCAAUCGGAACGAUUUUUCAGGAUAAGAAAGAAGAGAACCAGCCAUCGCACACGAUGAUUGUGGAACUCACUUUGAAACAAAAAACGGCGACGUUAGCAUGCAUCACAGCUGUUGCUUGCGGGCUGUCGUUAGUUUUUGGGCAGCGAGUAAUCCCACAAGCGCUGCUGUCCGCAAUAGUUAUGUAUCUGAUCAGCGGCGAUAGGCCUUCGCUGGUGUACGCUAUGGUUCGAUCGUUUCCGAGAGAUAUCAAUGCGGCCGUGUGUUUCGUUCGACUGAAUCUCGCAAUCCGCCGACUCGAGAGCCGCAAGAUGGCGGUUGUGAAGAUUUUCGAGGAGGUUGCAGCAAGACAGCCCACGAAAGUGGCACUUCUGAUGGACGACAGCCGGCUGACUUUCGGCGAGGUGAAGCAUCUCUCGGAUCGGAUUGCCAGCUAUUUCCACUCGAAGGGAUUCACCAAGGGUGAUACCGUGGCGCUGAUGAUGGAAACUCGGCCGGAGUAUCCCUGCGUUUGGCUGGGGCUAGCCAAGCUGGGCAUCGUGACGGCCCUGAUCAACACCAAUCUGCGGCGGGAAACGCUGAGGCACUCGAUAGCGGUGGCUAAUUCGAAAGCAAUCAUCGUUAGCUCCGAACUGGCCGGAGCAAUUGCCGAGAUUUCGGAUCAGGAAGGAGUCAAAGAUCUUCCAACGUUUGUGUACUCCACGGAAGACACCAAUGAGUUAACAGAAUGUGAUCAGUUACCAGAUGCUGAAGAUCUGAGACAUGCAUUGGAUGGCGUACAAAGUGUAGAUUUAAGCGCUAUCUGGGAUGAUAUAUCACCGAGAGAUAAAUUAGUUUACAUUUACACGUCCGGAACGACCGGGAUGCCCAAAGCGGCUGUGAUCACGAACUCCAGAUUCAUCAUGAUGGGCACUGGAUGCUACUACAUGCUGGGUUUACGCGAUGAUGACAUUAUUUACAACUCGUUGCCACUCUAUCACUCCGCUGGCGGAAUGGUUGGCAUGGGAAGCGUACUGCUGUGCGGUCUUACCGCGGCCCUUCGGAAGAAGUUUUCCGCUUCCAACUUUUUUCCGGAUUGUAUCAAGUACAAUUGCACGGUUGCCCAAUAUAUCGGCGAAAUAUGUCGGUUCGUGCUGACCACCCCACCGAAACCGACGGACACGCAGCACAAGAUUCGGAUGAUGUUUGGGAAUGGGCUGAGGCCCCAAAUUUGGACCCAGUUUGUGUCACGCUUCAACAUCAAACAAAUCGCUGAGUUUUAUGGAUCGACCGAAGGAAAUUCCAAUUUGAUGAAUUUGGACAACACGGUCGGUGCGGUUGGAUUCGUGCCGGCGUUCGCCAGGACCUUCUAUCCGGUUACUUUGGUGAGGUGCGAAGAGGAAACGGGUGAAAUCAUCCGUGAUCGAGAUGGAUUCUGUAUCCGCUGCAAACCUGGCGAGCCGGGGGUUUUCAUCGGAAAGAUCAACCUGAAGAACGCUCUGAAUUCGUUCGUUGGAUACGCCGACAAGAAAGCAUCGGAGAGGAAAGUGUUGCGCGAUGUCUUCAGCAAGGGCGAUAUGUAUUUCAACUCCGGUGAUAUUUUGGUCGCAGAUCUGUUUGGAUAUUAUUACUUCAAGGAUCGCACCGGGGAUACAUUUAGAUGGCGUGGCGAGAACGUGGCAACAUCAGAAAUUGAAGGUGUAAUUACCAACAUCGUUGGACUGAAAGACAGUGCUGUCUACGGGGUAGAGAUUCCUGGCACCGAGGGUAAAGCAGGUAUGGCAGCUAUUGUGGAUACCGAAGGGAAGCUGGAUAUGGAACAGCUGGCAGCAGGAAUCCGAGCGAGUUUACCGCCCUAUGCGCGACCUUUGUUUAUUCGGGUUCUUUCCGAGGUUCCAAUGACGACAACGUUCAAACUGAAGAAACGAGACCUGCAAAUCGACGGAUACAACAUCACGAAAAUUAAAGACCCCAUUUACUUCCUGCAAGCAAAUGGCAGCUAUCAAUUGUUCAAACAGACCGAUUAUGAUGUUGUGAGGAGUGGAAAAGGGAAAUUUUAGCAUAGAUUCUAGAUUUUUUUUAGAGUAGUCAAUUUGAUGGUCCAGAGAGACAGUAACAUACAAACAACAAUCGACUGAUAGUAAUGUUAUUCAGAAAUGUUUUUAGUUCUUUGAAGGGAGUUGUUCCAAUUGAAAUCAAAUCUCAUUCCUCAAUGACCAAAGGUAGUUGAAUUUCGAGCUAUAUUUAGUAGUAGACCGAUAUUCGAAUAAAUAAGUGUUUCCAAUUCA